ACGGUGUCUACUGUAGCUCUGACUCUUUGGUUACCAAAAGACCCUCAUGGUAAUCGCAAGAACUGCCUGGGAGAAAUUGCGCUGCCUAUUCUGAGCCUGUAUCCUGACCUAAAAUAGAUAUGACCUUCAGAUGACGCCGUGGGUAUAAAGGUCACUCAGGAGGGAACCACCUCUUCUACCACAACCACCAUCAUCAGCGCUUACCCUUGCACACUCACAAAUCUUACAAUAUGGCUCCCAAGAUUGCGAUCGUCAUCUACACCAUGUACGGUCAUAUCGGGAAAAGUGCGUACGUGAACACAUUGCAUUGUCUAUCACCCACCAAUUGCACUUCUAUAGUGGCUGAGGCCAUCCUUACGGGUAUCCAGAACGGCGGUGGCCAAGCUACCAUUUACCAAAUACCCGAAACCCUUUCCGCUGAGAUCCUCGGCAAGCUCCAUGCACCCCCCAAGCCAAACUAUCCUGUUCUCACUCCAGAUAUGCUUCCCAACUUUGACGCGUUCGUUUUUGGUAUCCCGACACGUUACGGAAACUUCCCGGGUCAAUGGAAAGCCUUUUGGGACGCCACCGGCGGCCUCUGGAUGAAGGGGUCGCUCUCCGGGAAGUAUGCGGGCCUAUUCAUCUCUACAGCCAGCUUGGGAGGAGGCCAAGAGUCCACUGCUAUUGCUGCCAUGUCCACGCUCUCUCACCACGGCAUGAUCUACGUUCCUUUUGGAUACGCCCACGCAUUCGCUAAGCUCACCAUCCUCUCCGAGGUGCACGGAGGUUCUCCGUGGGGCGCCGGAACUUUCGCUAGUGCUGAUGGUUCCCGACAGCCUACCGCCCUCGAGAUUGAACUUGCUAACAUCCAAGGCAAGGCGUUCUAUGAAACCGUGAAGAAGGCUUUUUAGGUCACAAUGGGUCGAUGGAGAAGUCAAAAGAGAAGUUUUAGGUUGUAAACCUGUACGUGUAUUACUAACUUGCCGUCGAAGUAAAAGAAGUAUAUAUAUGUAAAGUUAGCACGAGUUCACAUAUCGUUGAGCAAGGCGAUGUGGUCCGUAUACAGAGGCUGGAUAAAGGUAACGUGGACAUGGGUCGA